CAGGAUGUCAUCCUACUCUGAUGCUGAUAAUCAGUGUCAACCGGGGGACACCAUCUGUGGUAAGUGCUCCUCUCGCAACUCUUCUCUCGUUAUCCUUUUUCUCUACCUCUCCUGUGUCGCCUUGUCUUGCCCCUUCUACAACUUAUGUCCACUAGCUGUUGGGUCUCCAAGCCAAAGGCAUUGACUAAAAACACUCCAUGAACUUGGUAUCUUAAGAUUCGAUAGACCAGUGUUUCCCAACGUUGGUCCUCAAGUACCCCCACCAGUACACAUUUUUCUUGUAACCCUGGACAAGCACACCUGAUUCAUAUUGUCAACUAAUCAUCAAGCCCUCAAUGAGGUGUGUUUGUCCAGUGCUACAACAAAACUGUGUGCUGUUGGGGGUACUGGAGGACCAGGGUUGGGAAACACUGCAAUAGACAAUGCUAUGGAAAUAAUGAAAUGUUUAACUAGGUUAUAUGACAUCUAGCUGUCCACUGAUAUAUUUAUGGGGAGUUUUGCCAAACUUUCUGUCAGUGUUAAAAGUGGGCUGUAACAUUGUCACAAACUGGUUGUCCAUUUACUGAGAUUCUAUUUGUGCUUACAUAUGAUCAACAUCACAGUCAAUUUUACACAAGAUCUUAUCUAAAGAUAAUUUGUCAAAUUGAAUAAAUAUGGCAAUCUCCCUAGGGUGGCAACUUGUUCCCUUUCCCAGCCUUUACCAAACAGAGCUGUAGCAAAGGAGCUGCAACCAAUACGAUAAAGCCACUUCAACCGUCUAGAAAACAUUUUGGAUACAUAAAAUGCAACGUAGAUAGCAUCAGACAUGUGAAAUAUAGAUUACAGGGGCUGGUUUUAUUAGGCACCAAACAAAUAAAAAGGAAACAACCUAGAUUUGUCCAAUAAGAAACACUCAUUUUUGUUUUCUGCUGCGUGCCCUAAUAAAACACUACAAUACAAUAUUUUUUGAUCCGUUAUACAGAGAUAACAGAAAUGUGUUGUGUUCGUCACAGUACUCAGAUCCACCAUGCAUACAAGACAGGCUGGGAACAGUACAGGGUCUGCCGCAUUGUCAGCUACAUUGUCAGUCGCAGAGCAGCACAGGUUAGGGGAAAGAGAGUUCAGACUCUCCAGAAGCUUUUAAGGAACAAGAAGAAUGAAUCACCUGAGAAUUCUGAGUUCUUAACAAUUGGCUUUAAGCAUUCCAGUUACUUUGGAUGACACACAGUAGGUAGACUUAGCCAGACAAGGUGUGGCGCAAACAUAUUGCACCACCACUUACACCUUUUUCAGUAUGCUAUUUCCGGUGCACUUAAAGGCCCAAUGCAGUCAAAAACUAGAUUUUCCUGUGCUUGAAACAUAUUUUCACACUACGAGGUUAGAAUAAUAUUGUGAACAUUUUGAUAAUGUCCUUUUAGUGUAAGAGCUGUUUGAAAAGACCGCCUGAAAUUUCAGCCUGUUUUGGUGGGAUGGAGUUUUGGCCUGCCUGCCCACAUCACCAGGCGGUAAAUUAUUUAAUAGACCACUAAGAAAGAUAGUUCCAAACCUCUCUGCCAAUAACAGCUAGUUUUCCCCUCUCCAGUCAGACCAUUCCCAGACAGUCCUAGCAAAAUUGUUGCUUGAGAAGCUAUUUUUGUUGCUUUUUGACCAUUUUUAAUUGAAAAAAAUCACAAUAAGGUACUUCAUUGUUACCCAGAAAUGAUUUGAUAUUGAUAUAAAAACAGCUGCAUUGGAUCUUUAAAUGAAGGCAGUGUACAUACUGUAAGUAGCUUAUGAAAUAAGAUGAUGGGAAUGAGGAGCACUAAAUCACCACUGACAAACAGUAAUUAAUAGUGUCUGAAAUACAUUCCUAUUGGCAUGUACUGUUCUUGCUAAUUCAAGUGUAUCCUACUCAUGUUUGUGACUAUCAAAACAAAUGCCAGACCACACCUGUUUGCUUUUAAGUGUCAUGUACUAUAAUGUUGACAAAGACAUUACAGAACACAAAGAUCACCAUUUCAGGGAGACAGAUAAAAAUAAUAGUAUUGAAAAAUAAGCUUCUUCAUAGUCAUCCUCAACCAUUUUCAUUAUAUACUUCUUUGGUUCUUUUCCACUCUAUUGCUGCCCAUUGUGAUUCAGAAAUGUUGUCCUUUUGCAGCACAGGGUCAGCUGUAGCAGGUUAGAGGUUAAGUGCCUUGUUCAUGUGCCCAAUGGUAGUAAUACUCUAUGACUCUGAUAUUGAUCUCUCUCUCUCUCUCUCUCAGAGGUCACAGUGUACAAAGAGGAAGUCAUCAUCGUGCCCAUCCUGCUCCUUGCGAGCUUCCUGGUCACUCUGCUAAUCAUUCUCCUGCUGAGGUACUGCCCUGAAAAGGGAAUCCGCAGACGACCCAGCGUAAUCCUAGCCCGACCACACAGCACCAGCAGGUCGAGCAGACACACACAGAGGCGAAGUGCCAGACAGAACCUACAGGGCAUUGAGGGUAAGUUGGUGUGCACAUUGAUGUAAUGCCAAUGAGCUUGGCUGAUGAGUCAGCAUACUUGUAUCUUCCCACUCUGUACAAGUCUCUCUAGACAGAUGGGUUGCAAUGUAUUGACGCUCCAGCUUAAUACGUCUUUACAAGUUGUUGGGACAGAGAGGACGAGUCAGAAAUGGGACGCGCGUCACCGGUAACGUCACUGCCCUAUUUAAACAUGAGCACAAUUCCUGCUGACAUUUUAAGCCCCUCCUACCCAAACUCAUGAUUUGUUGGGAGAGUUGUUUGUCUGAAAAGGACCCUCCCCUGAACACUUUUCCCUCCGCUUUCAAAAUGUCAUAGAGAAGCCGACAUCCUCUCCAGACCUUGUGCCAUUGCUGCCUCAUUUCAACAUGGAAAUGUGGGUAAUAUUUGGUUGAGACGUUGAUCAAUGGAGAUUUCAACCUUUAUUCACCCAAUCAAAAAGACAGAAGUUUGUUGAAUUCCCAAUGUGUUAUCACUAUGCUUUCAACCAUCUAAAAGUAUGACCAAAUUCCAAUGGAAAUACUAUGUCAGAUUUUUGGUUUAGUUGUCAUCUAAAUGUGUUAUCACUGCGCUUUCAACCAUUUAAAAGCACAACAAAGUUAAAAUGGGAAUACAAUGUCAGAUAUGUUUUAUUUAUACAACAACUUAAUGUCUUAUCACUGUGCUUCAUCUAAUAGUACAACCAAAUGACCUGGAUUGCAGUUGAGAUUGCAUUAAAAUUACAUAGUGUAAGUGAUCGAUGCUGUUCAAGAUUCUUCACAGAUUAUUAUAGCAAUUGUGAAGAUCUCCACAGACCUGCAAGCAGACCUGCAUUUUUAGUUAUAGUAGGCUAACUUCUAAAUGUGGCCAUGGAUGUGUUACUCAUUUUAAGGUUGAAUAAAUAUUGUUACAUUAGUUUGUAAAAUAACUUAACUUUAGGCUAUUUAGUGUAUUACAAAAGUAAUAUUGAGUUGUGUUUGGUUGACAAUGCAGCCAAAUAUCAACAUUUAAAGGAUAUCUAAUGCUUGGAUAGUUUCAUCUGAGCCACUGGUUUAAUCCUAUUCUUUAACUUUUAUUUUUGGUUUAGUUGGAGAUGUGAAUCCAAAAUAUCAAUCAAAUGUAUUUAUAAAGCCCUUUUUACAUUAGCAGAUGUCACAAAGUGCUUAUACAGGAACCCAGCCUAAAACCCGACACUGCAAACAAUGCAGAUGUAUAGUCGUGGUCAAAAGUUUUGAGAAUGACACAAAUACUAAUUUUCACAAAGUCUCCUGCCUCAGUUUUGAUGAUGGCAAUUUGCAUAUACUCCAGAAUGUCAUGAAGAGUGAUCAGAUGAAUUGCAAUUAAUUGCAAAGUCCCUCUUUACAUUUACAUUUUAGUCAUUUAGCAGACGCUCUUAUCCAGAGCGACUUACAGGAGCAAUUAGGGUUAAGUGCCUUGCUCAAGGGCACCAACAGAUUUUUCACCUAGUCGGCUCGGGGAGUAGAACCAGCAACCUUUCGGUUACUGGCACAACGCUCUUACCCAUUAAGCUACCUGCCGCCCGAAAAUGAACUUAAUCCCCCAAAAAACAUUUCCACAAAAGGACCAGCUGCCAUCAUGUCAGUGAUUCUCUCGUUAACACAGGUGAGAGUGUUGACAAGGACAAGGCUGGAUAUCACUCUGUCAUGCUGAUUGAGUUAGAAUAACAGACUGGAAGCUUUAAAAGGAUGGUGGUGCUUGAAAUCAUUGUUCUUCCUCUGUUAACCAUGGUUACCUGCAAGGAAACAUGCCGUCAUCAUUGCUUUGCACAAAAAGGGCUUCACAGGCAAGGAUAUUGCUGCUAGUAAGAUUGCACCUAAAUCAACCAUUUAUCGGAUCAUCAAGAACUUCAAGGAGAGAGGUUCAAUUGUUGUGAAGAAGGCAUCAGGGCGGCCAAGAAAGUCCAGCAAGCGCCAGGACCGUCUCCUAAAGUUGAUUCAGCUGCGGGAUCGGGGCACCACCAGUGCAGAGCUUGCUCAGGAAUGGCAGCAGGCAGGUGUGAGUGCAUCUGCACGCACAGUGAGGCAAAGACUUUUGGAGGAUGGCCUGGUGUUAAGAAGGGCAGCAAAGAAGCCACUUCUCUCCAGGAAAAACAUCAGGGACAGACUGAUAUUCUGCAAAAGGUUCAGGGAUUGGACUGCUGAGGACUGGGGUAAAGUCAUUUUCUCUGAUGAAUCCCCUUUCUGACUGUUUGGGGCAUCCGGAAAACACCUUGUCCGGAGAAGACAAGGUGAGCGCUACCAUCAGUCCUGUGUCAUGCCAACAGUAAAGCAUCCUGAGACCAUUCGUGUGUGGGGUUGCUUCUCAGCCAAGGGAGUGGGUUCACCUACAAUUUUGCCUAAGAACACAGCCAUGAAUAAAGAAUGGUAACAACACAUCCUCAGAGAGCAACUUCUCCCAACCAUCCAAGAACAGUUUAGUGACGAACAAUGCCUUUUUCAGCAUGAUGGAGCACCUUGCCAUAAGGCAAAAGUAUUAACUAAGUGGCUCGGGGAACAAAACAUCGACAUUUUGGGUCCAUGGCCAGGAAACUCCCCAGACCUUAAUCCCAUUGUGAACUUGUGGUCUAUCCUCAAGAGGCAGGUGGACAAACAAAACCCCACAAAUUCUGACAAACUCCAAGCAUUGAUUAUGCAAGAAUGGCCUGCCAUCAGUUAGGAUGUGGCCCAGAAGUUAAUUGACAGCAUGCCACGGUGGAUUGCAGAGGUCUUGAAAAAGAAGGGUCAACACUGCAAAUAUUGAUUCUUUGCAUAAACUUAAUGUAAUUGUCAAUAAAAGCCUUUGACACUUAUGGAAUGCUUGUAAUAAUACUUCAGUAUACCAUAGUAACAUCUGACAAAAAUAUCUCAUAACACUAAAGCAGCGAACUUUGUGAAGAUCAAUACUUGUGUCAUUCUCAAAACUUUUGACCACGACUGUAGAGGCACGGUGGCUAGGAAAAACCUCCUAGAAAGGCAGGAACUUAGGAAGAAACCUAGAGAGGAACCAAGAUCUGAGGGGUGGCCAGUCCUCUUCUAGCUGUGUCGGGUGGAGAUGAUAAGAGUACAUGGCCAUUAAGGCCAGAUUGUUCUUCAAGAUGUUCAAACGUUCAUAGAUGACCAGACAGGUCAAAUAAUAAUCACAGUGGUUGUAGAGGGUGCAAUAUGUCAGCACCUCAGGAGUAACUCAGACUCCCGAGUGGCGCAGUGUUCUAAGGCACUGCAUCGCAGUGCUAGCUGUGCCACUAGAGAUCCUGGUUCGAGUCCAGGGUCUGUCGCAGCCGGCCGCGACCGGGAGACCCAUGGGUGGCGCACAAUUGGUCCAGCGUCGUCCAAGGUAGGGGAGGGUUUGGCCGGCAGGGAUGUGGGUUCGUUUCCCACGGGGGCCAGUAUAAAAAAAACAAAAAACAAAAAAACAUGUAUGCAUUCACUAACUGUAAGUCGCUCUGGAUAAGAGCGUCUGCUAAAUGACCAAAAUGUAAAUGCCAUUUGGCUUUUCAUAGCUGAGCAUUAUUAUUUGUUAACUUGUCCACAAAAAACAUACCUAAGUAUUCAGACCCUUUGCGAUGAGACUCAAAAUUGAGUUUCCAUUGAUUAUCCUUGAGAUGUUUCUACAACUUGAUUGGAGUCCACCUGUGGUAAAUUCAGUUGAUUGGACAUGAUUUGGAAAGGCACACACCUGUCUAUAUAAGGUCCCACAGUUGACAGUGCAUGUUAGAGCAAAAACCAAGCCAUGAGGUCUAAGGAAUUGUCUGUAGAGCUCCGAGACAGGAUUGUGUCGAGGCACAGAUUUGGGGAAGGGUACGAAAAAAUGUCUGCAGCAUUGAAGGUCCCCAAGAACACAGUGGCCUCCAUCAUUCUUAAAUGGAAGAAGUUUGGAACUACCAAGACUCUUCCCAGAGCUGGCCGCCCGGCCAAACUGAGAAAUUGGGGGAGAAGGGCCUUGGUCAGGGAGGUGAGCAAGAACCCGAUGGUCACUCUGACAGAGCUCCAGAGUUCCUCUGUGGAGAUGGGAGAACCUUCCAGAAGGAAAACAUUCUCUGCAGCACUCCACCAAUCAGGCCUUUAUGGUAGUGGCCAGAUGGAAGCCACUCCUCAGUAAAGGGCACAUGACAGCCCACUUGGAGUUUGCCAAAAGGCACCUAAAGGAAAAAAGAUUCUCUGGACUGAUGAAACCAAGAUUGAACUCUUUGGCCUGAAUGCCAAGCGUCACAUCUGGAGGAAACCUGGCACCAUCACUACGGUGAAGAAUGGUGGUGGCAACAUCAUGCUUUGGGGAUGUUUUUCAGUGGCAGGAACUGGGAGCCUAGUUUGGAUCGAGGGAAAGAUGAACGGAGCAAAGUACAGAGAGAUCCUUGAUGAAAACCUGCUCCAGAGCGCUCAGGACCUCAGACUGGGGCAAAGGUUCACCUUCCAACAGGACAACGACCCUAAGCACAAAGCCAAGACAACGCAGGAGUGGCUUCGCGACAAUUCUCUGAAUGUCCUUGAGUGGGCCAGCCAGAGCCCGGACUUGAACCCGAUCGAACAUCUCUGGAGAGACCUGAAAAUAGCAGUGCAGCGACGUUCCCCAUCCAACCUGACACAGCUUGAGAGGAUCUGCAGAGAAGAAUGGGAGAAACUCCACAAAUACAGGUGUGCCAAGCUUGUAGCGUCAAGAAGUCACUUUAAUAAUGUUUACAUAUCUUGCACUACUCGUCUCAUAUGUAUAUACUGUAUUCUAUUCUAUAAUAUUCUACUGUAUCUUAGUCCAUGCCGCUCUGUCAUUGCUUGUCCAUAUAUGUAUAUAUUCUUAAAUUCCAUUCCUUACUAGAUUUGUCUGUAUUGGGUAUAUGUUGAAAUUGUUAGAUAUUACUUGUUAGAUAUUACUGCACUGUCGGAGCUAGAAGCACAAGCAUUUCGUUACACCCGCAAUAACAUCUGCUAUACACGUGUAUGUGACAAAUACAAUUUGAUUUGAUUUGAAGAAUCGAGGCUGUAAUAGCUGGAAAAGGUGCUUCAACAAAGUACUGAGUAAAGGGUCUGAAUACUUAUGUAAAUGUCAUAUUUCAGUUUUUUUAAUUUUACAAAUUUGCUAAAAUGUAUAAACCUGUUUUUGCUUAGUCAUUAUGGGGUAUAAUAUGUAGAUUGAGAUAAAAAAAAUAAUAAUCCAUUUUAGAAUAAGGCUGUAACGUAACAAAAUGUGGAAUAAGUCAAGGGGUCUGAAUACUUUCCUAAUGCACUGUACAUUUCAUUUGCUCUGUUAAACCUACUCAUUGGAAUGACGAAUAGCAACAGUGCCACUGAUUUGGUUAUUAAAAGUCUCUCAAUAAUCAUUCUCACGAUAGCACAUUGGUAGUAGUCAAUGACAAAUAUAAAAGCUGGGCUCGGUUAAAACCCUGGAUGGGAGACCAAUUUAAUAGUUGUAGAUCAACUAUCCAGUAGGAGGUGCUGCCAGACUAUUGUUUUUUUCUUCUGAUAGUGGAUAUAGUUGAACAGCUGACGUUGUUUCAAAGGUACAAAUUCAACAUAUUUUAGGUUUGUCUAUGUUGAAAAUUGGUCACAAUGAUGACAUGAUCCUGUGGUUUAAAAUUCACCCUCAAAACAACAGUUUACGUUAAUUACUCUUUCAAAUCCAAUGUAUUUUCCACUUAGAUUUCACGUCACAAUUGAUUAAACCAGUUUGUGCCCAGUGGGUUACGAUGCUCCAAGGUCUGGGAUAUCCGAGACUAACUCUGUACUAGAACUACAUUAGUACAGUAAGGAUUUACAAACUGUGUAAAGCACAUAGUUGAAGUCGGAAGUUUACAUACACCUUAGCCAAAUACAUUUAAACUCAGUUUUUCAAAAUUCCUGACAUUUAAUUCUAGUAAAACUUCCCUGUCUUAGGUCAGUUAGGAACACCACUUUAUUUUAAGAAUGUGAAAUGUCAGAAUAAUAGUUGCGAGAAUGAUUUAUUUCAGCUUUUAUUUCUUUCAUCACAUUCCCAGUGGGUAUUUGGUAGCAUUGCCUUUAAAUUGUUUAACUUGGGUCAAACGUUUCGCGUAGCCUUCCACAAGCUUCCCACAAUAAGUUGGGUGAAUUUUGGCCCAUUCCUCCUGAUAGAGCUGGUGUAACUGAGUCAGGUUAGUAGGUCUCAUUGCUCGCACACGCUUUUUCAGUUCUGCCCACACAUUUUCUAUAGGAUUGAGGUCCGGGCUUUGUGAUGGCCACUCCAAUACCUUGACUUUGUUGUCCUUCCUCAUGAUGCCAUCUAUUUUGUGAAGUGCACCAGUCCCUCCUGCAGCAAAGCACCCCCACAUCAUGAUGCAAGAAAUUUGUGGUGGUUGAAAAAUUAGUUUUAAUGACUCCAACCUAAGUGUAUGUAAACCUCCGACUUCAACUGUACUUAGUCAAUUGCUUAAGCACAAUGAUUGCCAUAUGAUUUAUUUUAGACUUUUAAUGUAAAUGUUUGCCAAAACUAGACAAACUCCUGGCAUAUAUUUAUCUACUGGCUUAUGGUGUAUUUAUUUACUUUAAAAAGCUGACAUAGGCAGAGACUGAUGUUUUGUUUUAUAAUGCAUGAGUUGCAUCUCUAGGUCUGAGGAAUUUCAUAUAUAUAAUUUAAUAUAUGCGUAAUACCCAUCUGUUUACCUGCAGCUCCUCCUGAGCUGAACCCACUGGAGCAUGAGGAGUUACCUCUGACCCGGCGUGAUGCCCCAGCCACCAUGUCUGCAGUACCGGAGACGCAGCAUGGCUCUUUCAACCUGGUCACUCCGCUGCCCCUGUCCUUCUCUGUCAAACCGAACGACCCUGUCACCCUCUACCGGGCAAGGAUGGACAACCGAGGCGUGGUUCUACGGACACUUAAAGGUAACAAUCUUUGAUAUACAUUGGAGUUAUAAAAUAGACGCUCCCAUCCAGAGACUAACAGUCAGUUUAUUGUAAGACCUUCAGGCUUAUAUGAAUAUAAAACCUGAAAUGUUGGGGAUGUUAUCUUGUCUUGGUGUUUCUAUGACAUCUUGUGAUCUUGAUUCGAUAUUCAAAUCAACAGACCUAGGCCAACCUAUAACAAAAAUUAAAAAAUUUCCCAUGAGUAGAUGACUGCCAGAUAUUGAAGAAAAAAAAUACAACACAUUCAGUGUGUUUGAGGGGAUCAGUUUGAGCAAGGCGAGGCACAGAAUCGCUAACCUUGAUAACAUAUUGAGUAGUUAUGAGGGACGUUAGGUCAUUUGUAGAUCAGUGAUUCUACACAGUCCAACUGCAAUGUAGUCAAUCUCAACAUGCACCUUUUCUCCUCCAGAGACAGCUGAUGCAAGUGAGCGCCAGUUGUUCCUGGGCUUUGCCUCCUUCCUGUCUGAGCUGGGGCCCCACCCCUUCCUGCCUGGUCUGAUGGGCGUGCUCUCUCUACGUACCCCCAUCAUCACUGUGAUGGAGGAACUGGAGCACAGGGACCUGCUGGGGUUCCUAUGGAGGUGUCGACAGGUAUGAUACUCCCAUAGAGAUAGAUAGAGGCCUCAUCUUCAUAUCUGUGACAGCAUGGGCAACGCCAUUGAGGCUACAACCCAUAGGAAUCCCCACCCAGUUGACUAUUUUAAAAUGGGGGAAGGAUGGUGGAAGCCCUCAAUGGCAAUGUCCAUGCUAAAAUGGCUUAUAUCCAUGAUGAGUCCUCUAUCUAUCUUUAUGGGUACUCCUACAUUGCCAAAUAGCUGGGGAUGUUCAGUAGGGAGAACACUGUUUUAAACAGAGUGACAUGAAGAGGUAGCCUACUUGAACUUGUCCAAUGAGAGAUUAUUGUUUCACCAAAACGUUUUGCUACGGACUGGAGUAUACUGAAUAUGACCCUGAUGCGUUAGGGACGGGUCUUAGCUAGAGAUCUGCCUGCACAACUUUUACGUAAAUUGUGAAUUGUCGUAAGGUUUGCCUGAAAAUUCAAGUUGUACGUGGAUCUCAAGAGGCUGAGCAAACAUUCUGUAACUCUGUGAACAUAUAGACAGUAGAGUGAAUAUGGACAUGAUCAUUAGUGAUGGUGUGAAUGGAUUCUCACAGUGCUUUUUCUUGGCAGGACACAGGUGGGGAGUCCCCAUGCAAUAUCACAGAGAAGCGUAUCUUCACCAUGGGAGGACAAGUGGCAUCUGCUCUGGUUGAUCUCUCUCUGUCUCCCCUUUCAUUUUAAUUUUUUAAAAUUUUAUUCAUUUAGCAGACGCUCUUAUCCAGAGCGACUUACAGUUAGUGAGUGCAUACAUUUCCAUCCAUCAAAUGAUCCAUCCAUCUCUGUCAGUGUGUCUACAAUUGAAAAUGAUAGUUCAAGUUGAGCGCAUAUGUUCGUCAUUCUUAUUCAGAACUGUAUAAGCACUGUGACAACUGCUGAUGUAAAAAGGGUUUAUAAAUGCAUUUGAUUUGAACCUAUGAGUAGGGGCCAAGAGUUUUACCUGCUCAGGUCAUGUGUUUAGGAAAGACUCCUGGCCUUACCUACUUGAUUCAUCUGAAUGCUUGGCUUUUAUGUGCUUGAAUGUCCCAUAGCCAUUGUAAAACACAGCAUCCUCUCUAUUUGUGUAUUCAGGAAUACCUGCAUGGUCAGAGCUGUAUCCAUGGCAACGUUGGAGCUCGGAGCGUGUUGGUUGGCCGAGACCUGACGGCUAAACUGUGGGGAUUGGGUCCAGCAUACCGCAGGAAAACACAAGCAGGAACUCCAGGAGAGCUGGAGAACAUUGAGAUGAGGAAGUGGCAGGCUCCAGAAGUAUUGGCAAGGAGACUUGUCAAUCAAAGCAGUGACGUGUAAGUCGGCAAAUCUGAUUGGACAAAUCAUAUUACACAAAAAUUUGACAGUGAUCUCUCCAACCAUCCUUCCGUUUUUGCAGCUGGUCUUUUGGUAUCCUGCUCCAUGAAAUGGUGACACUAGGUAAAUGCUUUUCUAAAUAAAUAAUGUAUCAUUACCGGUCUGCUGAACUGUUAUAACCAUCACAAAUUAAAAACUUUUAUCUCAUGGAUAUACAGUUGAAGUCGGAAGUUUACAUACACUUAGGUUGGAGUCAUUAAAACUAGUUUUUCAACCACUCCACAAAUUUCUUGUUAACAAACUAUAGUUUUGGCAAGUCGGUUAGGACAUCUACUUUGUGCAUGACACAACAAUUGUUUACAGACAGAUUAUUUCACUUAUGAUUCACUGUAUCACAAUUCCAGUGGGUCAGAAGUUUACAUACACUAAGUUGACUGUGCCUUUAAACAGCUUGGAAAAUUCCAGAAAAUUAUGGCUUUAGAAGCUUCUGAUAGGCUAAUUGACAUCAUUUGAGUCAAUUGGAGGAGUACCUGUGGAUGUAUUUCAAGGCCUACCUUCAAACUCAGUGCCUCUUUGCUUGACAUCAUGGGAAAAUCAAAAGAAAUCAGCCAAGACCACAGAAAACAAAUUGUAGACCUCCACAAGUCUGGUUCAUCCUUGGGAGCAAUUUCCAAACGCCUGAAGAUACCACGUUCAUCUGUACAAACAAUGCAAGUAUAAACACCAUGGGACCACGCAGCCGUCAUACCGCUCAGGAAGGAGACGCGUUCUGUCUCCUAUAGAUGAAUGUACUUUGGUGUGAAUAGUGCAAAUCAAUCCCAGAACAACAGCAAAGGACCUUGUGAAGAUGCUGGAGGAAACAGGUACAAAAGUAUCUAUAUCCACAGUAAAACGAGUCCUAUAUCGACGUAACCUGAAAGGCCGCUCAGCAAGGAAGAAGCCACUGCUCCAAAACCGCCAUAAAAAAAGCCAGACUACGGUUUGCAACUGCACAUGGGGACAAAGAUCUAACUUUUUUGGAGAAAUGUCCUCUGGUCUGAUGAAACAAAAAUACAACUGUUUGGCCAUAAUGACCAUCGUUAUGUUUGGAGGAAAAAGGGGGAUGCUUCAAGCCGAAGAACACCAUCCCAACCGUGAAACACGGGGGUGGCAGCAUCAUGCUGUGGGGGUGGUUUGCUGCAGGAGGGACUGGUGCACUUCACAAAAUAGAUGGCAUCAAGAGGAAGGAAAAUGAUGUGGAUAUAUUGAAGCAACAUCUCAAGACAUCAGUCAGGAAGUUAAAGCUUGGUCGUAAAUGGGUCUUCCAAAUGGACAAUGACCCCAAACAUACUUCCAAAGUUGUGGCAAAAUGGCUUAAGGACAACAAAGUCAAGGUAUUGGAGUGGCCAUUACAAAGCCCUGACCUCAAUCCUAUAGAACAUUUGUGGGCAGAACUGAAAAAGCGUGUGCGAGCAAGGAGGCCUACAAACCUGACUCAGUUACACCAGCUCUGUCAGGAGGAAUGGGCCAAAAUUCACCCAACUUAUUGUGGGAAGAAAUGUUUGACCCAAGUUAAACAAUUUUAAAGGCAACGCUACCAAAUACUAAUUGAGUGUAUGUAAACUUCUGUCCCACUGGGAAUGUGAUGAAAUAAAUAAAAGCUGAAAUAAAUCAUUCUCUCUACUAUUAUUCUGACAUUUCACAUUCUUCAAAUAAAGUGCUGAUCCUAACUGACCUAAGACAGGGACUUUUUACUAGGAUUAAAUGUCAGGAAUUGUGAAAAACUGAGUUUAAAUGUAUUUGGCUAAGGUGUAUGUAAACUUCCGACUUCAACUGUGAUGUUUAUCAUGUACAUACACCCUAAUAAUCGAUCAUUUAAUCCUCCACUUUGUAGGUGACCCACCAUUCCCUAAAGUCUUGGCCAAUGAUCUUCUUCAAUACCUCCAAAGAGGAAAGACUCAGAAGAGACCAGCUAAUUGUUCUAACUCACUGUAAGAGACCACAUUAAGUAAUAAUCCAUUAAUAAUUACCUAAUAUAGCACAGCAAACAUGAAUAUAACAGUGCUUUAAUAGUUUUAUCUUUGACAUUGGUAGAAAUAGCCACAAUGAUUACCACCAAAACAAGUUAGAAUUGGUUACAAAAGCUACUGUACUUUUUUCAGGUAUUCCAUAAUCAAGUCCUGUGGCCAGUUUGCUCUACAGGAGCGCCCUGCAUUGCCUGAGGUGAUCCGGAAGCUCCAAUCAGGAGAGAAGAGUGCCAACAAUAGGACAGUUCUUCGAGUGCCUGAGACACUGGACAUUGAGAAGUACCUGCAGGAGGCGGAAUAUGGAGAGGCCUACAAUUACGCUGUUCUCUGA